CUGCACAAGCUCCUGUCGGAGACUUGCCACAUGCUCACAGCCGCUCACAAGACUACUUUAUUUACUACUUUCGGCUGCCUAACGAGGAACGAAAUACAAAUUUGUGGUCACAUGACCAGAAGGCCAGGUAGAGUUUCUUGCAAGAUAGAGUUACUGACAGACUCUAUGCUGAAACACACUGACUGUCCAAGGUACAAUGUUUUAUGGCAGAAGCAUGGACCUGGUAAACACUGAUGAGGGGGAAGCGAUGGCCCAGUGCAGCCUAUCCCUGGAGUCCCUCAGACUGGAAGAGCGAAAUGAGUCAUCCCUUUCAGAGGAAUCCAGCAGCUGGGAUGAGUGGGACACAGACCUGGAGGCUGAAGAGACAGAGAAGAAUAACAAGGAAAUGUCCACUGCUGAUAUAUACUUACGAGCCUGUCGGAUGGUGGGUGUGGUCCCUGUCUCUUAUUUCCUGCGGAAUCUGGGCAGCACCACCCUUAAUCUUAACCACCAUGGCCUGGGACCUCUGGGGUGCAAGGCACUGGCCAUUGCCUUAGUAACUGACAUGCAGAUCGCAACUCUGGAGCUGGAGGAUAAUUAUGUGUUGGCUGAAGGGGUGCGACAUCUUGUGGAAAUGCUGAAAUCAAAUAUCACCAUUCAGAAUCUGAAUCUCUCCAACAAUCACCUCCAGAGUGAAGGAGCUGAACACAUCACUAAGAUGCUUUUAGAAAACAUUUCCAUCAAAUCAAUUAAGCUCUCAGGUAACAAGUUCAGAGAGGAUGAUGGAAAAAACUUUUCUGAUGCCUUGUCGAAUAACUACAGGGUAAAAGAGCUGGACCUGAGUCACAAUGAAUUCCGCGAAAGAGGCGGAGAGCAUUUGGGUCACAUGUUAGCAAACAACGAAGGGCUGGAAGUGCUGAACCUGAGCUGGAAUCACCUGCGUAUGAAAGGGGCUGUGGCUCUGUGUGCUGGGCUUAAAGUGAAUAUGACUCUGAAACACCUGGACCUGUCCUGGAACGGUUUCGGCAAUGAGGGGGCCCUGGCACUGGGGGAGGCCCUCAAGUUUAACAACACCCUGGUGCACCUGGACCUCAGCUACAACCGCAUUACCAAUGAGGGGACGGGCAUGCUGUGCAAGGGCCUGGAGGCCAAUGACACGCUCAGAGUGCUGCAGCUGGCCUACAAUUCACUGACAGUAGAGGGUGCUCUAGCUCUAAUCACUGUUGUGAGAAACACACCCAAAUCAGCCCUGGAAGAGAUCAACAUCUCUAACGUGCUUGUGAAUGAAAACUUCGUACAGUUGUUGGAAGUCACUUGCCAGGAACACCCCAGUCUAGAAGUGCAUUAUGGGGGUGUCGGUGGAUUCAUCGCCAAGAAGCCCCCCAAACGUCCCGACCCCAUGAAAGUCAUCCAGGAUUACCUCGAUGUACGCAAGCUGCGCCUCUGGGACUUCUUCCGGAACAUCGAUAAGGAUGGGACCAUGCGUGUGCCUGUCUCUGACUUCAGGAGGGCAGUGCAGCAAUCUAGUAUUCCUCUGGAUCGCUACCAGAUUGAGGAGCUGAUUCACAGACUUGAUAGAGAGCGGACUGGCAUGGUUGACUACAGAGGCCUGGCCGACACCAGGAAGCAGAUGAUGCGUGACCACCGUCGGCAGCUACGGAAGGUGGAGUCACGGCAGAAGAAGGAGAAGCAGAAGAGCGAUCGCAUCCUGAAGACCUUCCAGAGUGCGGUGGAAGCAAGUACGUCGCACGGUUCCUUAGUCAUGUCACCAGGGGGGACCAAAGAGGACUCGAGUGGACCGCAGUUUUCGGCCACACCCCUCAGCUCCUGGCACCACGUGGUCAUGUCCAACAGCAGCCACUACUCCGUGACAAACUUGAGUAGUGAGCACGUCCACUUGCCUCUGAUUGGGGGAGCCCCAAACUCCCGCUCUCUCAGCUCCCCCGCAGUACGCUCCUACUCUCAGCCCAACCUGCUGACAGACACCACACACUCCCCAUCUGCCAAGCCUACCUCUGCCCUGGGAGUGCACUCCAGCUCGAACCCUGAUGUCGACCAAUUGAAGCUGAGCCCCACAGCCAACCACUUGACCAGAUCUAGGCCAGCUCUCACGACCAAGCAAAAAAAAUCCAAAGUCAAAACCACAAAGACAAAGAGAAAGAAGGCAAAGAAACAUUUGGAUAAGACACCAAAUUGAGCAUGAGAAAGUCUGACUGGCAAAAUGCUGAAUUUCAUGUAUAUCAUGAUAUAGCCUGGAGGAUGAACACUUCCUACAUUGUGCAUUGUACCAGCACAUUCCACUUUAAAUUUGAUGACAUUUUGUCUGUUUUUGUGAUGUGAAUACUGUCAUUCAGAGGCUUGUCUGAA